CGGUGCAGUCACUCACGCUCUCUUCAUUUUGAUCAUUCACAGGCACCAACGAGACAAGAAACAAAAUCUUGGACUGGACUCACACUCUGCAGCAUUAACAGAAGAAGAGAAUGCAAAAACAAAAAAAGUGACAGGGAUAAGAGGAGUGCAAUGUUUGGCAUGAGUUGGAUUUCACACAAUGAGCAUACAGCUGCCAUGGAGAACACAUGAGCAACUGCAGGGAUAUAGGGAAUAAUGCUGCUAAGUGAACCUCUUGGAUAUUUCUGAAUUUAUUUCAUUCCCUUAAACUUUGAGGAGACAUUUUACCAACUCGACUGUAAAGACAGCAAGGCCAGAAAAGGUGGGACAUUGGAGAAAGGACCUCUCUGAGAAGCAUGGCGGCUACCAACCCAUCAUCCUGCUACCCUUUUCUCUUCUUCUUCUUUUCCUUCCUGGUCAGUCAACCAGCACUCACCCAGGACACAUCUUUUUCCACAGCGAUAGUAACAGAUAGUGACCCUGUUCUCACCCCCACCAAACUGGCCAACCGGACAGCUCCAAGCUAUGAGGACGUAACCCAGGGGACUCCUCCAGAGACAGGGCUUUCCACCCCCACCAGUGGUGGAGACACCGACGAUGAAGACAUCCCUCCGGUUGGAGGGACCCGAUGCCAGGGGUAUUAUGACGUAAUGGGUCAAUGGGACCCGCCAUUCAACUGCAACGCAGGCGUCUUUCUGUACUGCUGCGGCACCUGCUUUUAUCGCUUCUGCUGCCAGUUCCGUCAGCAGAGGCUGGACCAGACUAUCUGCUCUAACUACGACACGCCCAUCUGGGCCAACACCGGGAAGCCAGUGGCCACCAUCACAGAGGGCCAGGGGGAUUCGGACCGGGACCGUACACACCUCAUUGUUUAUAUCAUAUGUGGCGUUGUCGCUGUCAUGGUGUUGGUGGGUAUCUUUACCAAACUGGCUCUGGAGAAGACCCGUGGAGGAAGUGGGGGAGGAGCAGGGAUACCCCACACUGACCUCAACUCCAGGAUGCUGACAGACCUGUUGAAGCACCAGGGAAGUGAGGCGAGCUUGGUAGAAAAUGCCACGGCCGGUUCCCCCAGCGGAGGGAGAGCCAAUGGCAGGAUGCUGCGCAGUAGGAGUGAACAGUACCAACUGAAUAAUGCAGCUUUUGGCGCAUUUGGACAAGGACCUCCACAGCCACAUAGUAACCACAGCACACUGGGACUAAACAAAUAUGCCUCCCUCAAAGCUGUGGCAGAAACUGCUUCCCACAGCUACUAUAAGAGCUUUCCUGUCAUGGACUUCUCUAGUUAUCAACCCAUAGCACCUCCUGCCUUCCAGUCCGCACAGUCAAAGGAGAAGUCAUACAUCCACCAGCCGCUGCCAGCACACCACGACCUCCAUGCCCCUCUAUCGGUCUCCAUCCCGUCCAACCACUUUGAGCACUCACGCCUCCCAAAGACUACCACACAUCCGCUUAUCUCCAACUCAGCCUUCAAAGCCUGGGAGCCAACUGGUCGCCACGUCCAUAGGCAGACAUCUGCACCAGCACACACCUCCUCCUCUCUGCACAGCUCCACCCGGAGACAUGGCUACUCAACACGGAGGCAGCGGAGCAUAGAGAACAUGCAAGAGGUCUUUAAUCAAUCAUAUGGAGGCAGAAGAGCUACUCCACCCACAGUGCCACUGAGGUGACUGUCUGAGAUGUUCAGUGAGAGCGACCUACCACAUUAUUAACCACAACAAAAACUUUAGAUUGAACCAGGUGCUGCACUUCCUUACGAUCUCUCCAACAGGUAAGGGGGUUAAGCACGGAGACUCUUUCAAAUAUAUUUAAAAAAAAAGCAACAACUCCGAAUUUCAACAUGAGGAAAAAACUCCCUAUUACACAUGAAAGACUCACUCUAUUUAAAGGAUGAGUUAGAAACAUUCUCAGGCUCCUAUCUGCUGCAUGGUGCUUGCAGAUUUUCAACCAUUUCAGUUCUGCAGUUUCACAGUAUUAUGGUUGAUCAACCCCUGUAGAGAUCUGGUCUCGAAGACAGAACAAAUAUGUCUAUGUCUGUACUUUAGAAGCCAGAACUUGAUUUUCUUUAAGGUUUUAAAGUGUUUUAAUUCAGAUGCAGGAUGAGCAAAUUCCAAACUUGUGUUAACCAAGUAAUAAUGCUAGAAACUUACUGGAUAUGAGACUAAAAACCAACUAGUCUCUUAUUAGUUUCUUUAAUACAAAAAGAUCAGCAUUUUAGGGAACACAUUUUUGGUUUCUUGCCUGGAGUAAAGAUAGUGGAUCAGUAACACUGUUAUUGUACUUAUUGUAAAGAAAUACUAUCUAUCUAAUAAACAAAAAGGAAUUGUCAUUAA